AAAAACAAACCUAAGAACCGUACCCGAACAAUUGCGAGCAAUUUCACCACUCUGUCUGUGCUAUUCUCCUCCACUCGUCCGCCGUAUUCGUCGUCUCUGCCACCUUGAUUAUCAGGUGGUACGAAGCCAUGACAGUUUCAGACGCUUAUCGUCCUCCUCUGUUCAGUAUUGCCCCGAUGAUGGGAUGGACUGACAAUCACUACAGAACUUUGGCACGUCUUAUAUCAAAACACGCAUGGCUCUACACGGAAAUGUUAGCAGCUGAAACCAUUGUUUAUCAAGAAGAGAACCUGGACAGCUUUUUGGCGUUUUCCCCUGACCAGCAUCCCAUCGUUCUUCAAAUUGGUGGGAGAAACUUGGACAAUUUGGCCAAAGCAACCAAGCUUGCUAAUGCAUAUGGCUAUGAUGAAAUUAAUUUCAACUGUGGAUGUCCAAGCCCAAAAGUAAGUGGACGAGGAUGUUUUGGUGCAGUUCAUAUGCUUAACCCAAAGUUUGUUGGUGAAGCCAUGACUGUCAUUGCUGCCAAUACCAAUGCAUCUGUCACCGUUAAAUGUCGAAUAGGUGUUGAUGAUCACGAUUCAUAUAAUGAGCUUUGCGAUUUCGUUCACAUAGUUUCUUCACUAUCUCCUACUAAACAUUUCAUCGUACAUUCACGAAAGGCGUUAUUAUCUGGACUUAGCCCAGCAGAUAAUCGUCGAAUCCCACCCUUAAAAUACGAGUAUUUCUUUGCCCUAUUGCGCGAUUUUCCAGACUUGAAGUUCACAAUAAAUGGAGGCAUAAACUCUGUGGUUGAGGCAGAUGCAGCAUUGAGGUCUGGAGCUCAUGGCGUUAUGCUUGGGCGUGCCGCAUUCUACAAUCCCUGGCACAUUUUGGGACAUGUCGAUACUUUAAUAUAUGGAUCUCCAAGCAGUGGGAUUACAAGGCGACAGGUUCUUGAAAAGUAUCAAGUCUAUGGGGAGUCAGUCCUCGGGAAAUAUGGAAAACGCGGACCAAAUCUUCGUGAUAUAGUGAGGCCAUUGAUCAAUCUGUUCCAUUCAGAGAUUGGAAAUGGCCAGUGGAAACGUAGAACCGAUGCUGCUCUAUUGCAUUGCACCACAAUGAAAUCAUUCUUGGACGAAGUGUUGCCGGCAAUACCCGACUUUGUCCUGGAUUCGUCGGUUGUCAAAGAGGUGACUGGGCGUGAAGAUCUCUUUGCAGACGUACGGCGUUUGAUGCCUCCACCUUACCAAAAAGAAUCACCCAAAGAGCUGGCAGAACCUGUGAUUCUUGAUGAGGAAUGACAAAUCUUUUUAUAUAUAUAUAUAUAUAUUUGUACUCAAAAAUGGACCUUAUAUAUGAUGUUCAUUAAAUCAUGAGAAAGCUGCUCAAUGUAUAAGCCAUACCUUUCAUUACAAAUACUCUAUCUACCUAUGUUUUCAACUUAUGAAUCAGUUACAAUACAAUGAUAGGCACUCAUCAUUUGAUAAUUUUUUCUGGUA